UGACUUCCAUGUGCAGACCUCUCACUUUAACCCUCCUCAUUUUUUUCCCUCCUCAAGUAAAUGUUAUAAAUAGCGCUGUGUGCUCGGCUCAUCGGCAAUCCUCCUCUCACCUUUUGCUCACUCCUCCUCUCUGUUUUCCUCACAGCAAAACCACGCUCUGUUGUAGCGUCUCAUAACUGCUCCCGUCGAGGUUUUUGUUUUUGUAAAAGCUGCUCUGGCGGAGGCCAUCAGAAUGCGCUCGGCGUCCUGCGUGCUCUUGUUGGGAAGCUGCAUCCUCCUGGGGCUCCUGGGAGUCCAGAGCCAAUGCCCGAGCCCGUGCCAUUGCCACGGAGACCUGCAGCAUGUCAUCUGUGACGGCGUGGGGCUCAAGAAGAUCCCCCAGGUUUCUGAGGCCACCCGUCUGCUGAACCUGCAGAGGAACAACCUGGGCACCGUCCCCUCAGGGGCCUUCAGCGAAAGCAAGGGUCUCGUUUCUCUGCACAUGCAACAUUGCCAGAUACGAGAGAUUGAAUCCCAGGCCUUCAAGGGACUGAAGAAGCUCGUCUACCUCUACUUGUCCAACAACAAGAUCAGCAGCAUCAAGUCGGGCGCCUUCGAGGACCUCACUAUGCUCACCUACUUGUACAUGGAGGGGAACCAGAUGAGCGAGCUGACCAAGGGGCUCUUCUCCCCCAUGAUCAACCUCUUCGUUCUGCAGCUCAACAACAACAGGCUGCGGGAACUCCAGCCAGGGACCUUCGCGGGCGCCAAGGACCUGCGCUGGCUGCACAUGAGCGGGAAUGAGCUGACGACGCUGCACCCGGGGUCUCUGGACGAAGUGGAGAACCUCGCCAUCCUUCACCUGGACAGGAACAGGCUGUCCGCCUAUCCCAGCGCCGCCAUGGGCAAACUGCGAGUGGUGGAGGAGCUCACGCUGGGAAAGAACCCCAUGAAGACGAUCCCAGACAACGCCUUCCAGAGUUUUGGUCGCUACAUGGAGAAACUGCACCUGGACGAUAUGGGCUUGGAGAAGCUAUCCGCUGGUGCAUUUAAUGGAGUGACAGCACUUAAGUUCCUUUAUCUGGAUAACAACAACCUCAAGUCGUUGCCCACCACUAUGCAGCUGAAUGUCGACACCAACAUGACCCUCUUCAACAACCCCUGGACCUGCUCAUGCCAGCUAGCGCCACUACGCAAGUGGAUGGACUCCCGCCAAAACGAAACAGAUGCGAUUUGUGAGUCACCUCCUUCACAGAAAGGCAUACAAGUCAGAAAAAGCACCGUCUUCAAGCGCUGUAAGAGCGAAAAGAACGAUAAGAACAGUAAGAGCAAGAAGACAAAGAAAUCUCGGACUGGUCGACGUCAGUAAACCGUCAGCUGAUCAGGAGGCUCAGAGAAGGAGCCCGUCCAGGUGACCGGCUACAGCGAAAGCAACACUUACUGACUCUGCUUUGAGACUGUUGUAAAGGAAAAGCUUUACGCUCUAUGGUACACAAAACCCAUAUGCUUUUCUUUAUAUCAUUUAUAUCAAAGACGUAAUAAUAAAGUGGAAGCAGCAAACGAAGCAGCAGGAGGCAACCAGAACAGAAAGAUUUGAUGUUUUUAUUCUUCCUGAUGCAGGUGCAGAUCUUGGUUUGAUUGAAGUAAUUCUAAAGAUUUAGUUCAUAUCUACGACUGUUGAUCAGGUUUCAGAAAAGACGCAAAACGUCAAAAUGCAAUGCCUUCCAAGAGGUUUUCAGUCCCUUAAACCAUAAACUUUGAUGUGUUCCAGUGGGAUUUUAUGUCAUAAACUAACACAAAGGAGUGGAUAACUGUUAAGAGGAAGGAGAGUCUGCAAGUUUUGACUUUUUAAAUCAAAUCUGAAAAGUGUGGCAGGGGAUUCAGCCCAUGUAAGUCAACAUUGGUGAUGCUCUCCAUCAGAGCCAAAGCGCUCCACAUUUACGCGGCUCACCUUCGUGCAGCUACUUGAAUACGUGAUUGCAUACACACCUUGAUCACCUUAACAAUAAUCAAACCUGUCUGGAGUUAAUCUGCUGAUCCAACCGUUUUCUUUUUCAGUCAGAAAGAAAUUACCCCAUAGAUCCAUUUCAGGCGCUUUGGUGCACAGACCAAUAGUUACAUCUUUAUGAGAAGGAAACUGAGCAAAUGUACCAUUUACAUUUGGGCGAGGUUUUUACAUCUUUUCAUUUUUAUUGUCUUUAUUUUGUGAGCGUGUUGGCUUAUUGUCUGAGGAAAACUGCGGUUCAGUUUCAUCGUUUAUGUUUAAACAAUAAAAUAUUAAAAUCAUCAUUGGGUUUGAAACUUCCUGGUCUAAAUAACACUGAAGGUAGUCAGAUUUCAGUGUAUUCAAGUGAGUUUUGACACUUUGUAGUUUGACACUUUCACGCCAGUGGAAAACUUUGCGUAUAUUUACGCAAAGUUUAAUUUUUAUACAUGCUGACUUGUGCGUAAAAUCUGGUGUAGCACAUUUUUUUGUGCACACUCACGCUUUAUGCAUGAGGCCCCAGGUAAUUCAGAAAUUGUCUUUUCAGUGUCCUUUGUUAUAAAGGUGGAACAGGGUAUAUUUUUCUUUCUACUGUGUGCAACAAGAGGGCAAAUGUAAGAUUUUUACGAUUUUUUUUUUCUUCUUUCUACUAAAAUAUGUUUCCCCAUUUAUUGUAUAUUCUGUGUGUUUAUAUUUCAUUUUUGGACGUGAUAAUAACGACUCACAUCCAAUAAACCCUUUUUUAAAAAGUAAA